CCCGUCGUGCAGGAGAAGGGACGAAACGGCGCUGCCCCGGGCCGUCGGGGGGAGGAGGGGGUGUCGGCACCAGGCAGCCGCCCCCGCCGACGAGGAGAAACUGACUGAAAAACACUACAUAUGUCCUGGUUUCAGGCUUCACUUUCCCGUUUCUCUCCCCCAUCCCAGAGAGGGAGGGGAGAGGGUGAGCGAACGGCUGUGUGGUGUUUGACUGCUGACUGGGUUAAACCACAACAACAUAGCAGGAACUUUUUACUUACCAAAAUGAGACACAAUCUGGUGUGUCAGACACCUCCCACUGUCACUGUGCAUGUAAAAUCGAGUGCAUCCAGAUCACAUCAGCAAAAAAAACUUGUUAGAUUGAAGCGGCCUGCUUCUAAAGACCAUCAAGAAAAUUGUGAAAAAAGGGUUCUUAGUCAUAAAUAUAUACAUCCAAAGGGACCAUGCCUAGUUAUUCAGCGUCAGGAAAUGACAGCUUUCUUUAAAUUGUUUGAUGAUGAUGUGAUUCAGGACUUCCUAUGGAUGGACUGUUGUUGUAAAAUUACAGACAAGUAUCUUUUGGCAAUGACUUUCGUUUAUUUCAAGAGGGCUAACUUCACAAUAAAUGAGCAUACCAGAAUCAAUUUCUUUGUUGCUCUGUAUCUGGCAAAUACAGUGGAGGAAGAUGAUGAAGAAUCCAAGUAUGACAUUUUCCCAUGGGCUUUGGGAAAAAAAUGGAGAAAGCUCUUUCCUGAUUUCUUAAAGCUAAGAGAUCAACUAUGGAGUAGAAUUGACUACAGGGCUAUUGUAAGCAGACGUUGCUGUGAAGAGGUAAUGGCUAUUGCUCCAACACAUUAUGUAUGGCAGCGAGAACGUUCUGUGCACCACAGUGGAGCUGUGAGGAGCUACAACAAAGACGAAGAACAGCUGCCCCGAGGACCUAGUAAUACGCCUGUGGACUGUUCGCUUUGUGGUAGGAAAGGAAGAUUUGUGCGACUAGGAUUAUCUUCCUCCUCCUCUUCAACUGGCACGCUGGAGAUGACUGAAUUACAUUCAGCCCAGGAUAUGAAGGACACCUUUCCAGUUGAAAAAAUGCUGGUUGACUCUCCUGUUUCUUAUGCCCAAGACUGUCAGAGCCAGUCCAGGAAAAGCAGACGAGGUAGCAUCUUGAACCAAGACAAAUCAAUGGAUUGGUUUACAAGCAAUGAAGAAUGAAAAACACUGAAUGAGACAGAUACUGUGAUUUGCAGAAAAAUUUGUGUUGCAUGG